AUGGCUCAAGUUGAGAGAGGGGCAGGGGUGGCCAACUCCACAGGUGAUCCAGAGACAGACAAAGAUAUGGAAGAUCUGACAGAAGGCCUGGAGAAACUCUGUGAUAUGUCUAAGGAGAGGAGGGAGAAGGCACUGCUGCUUUCACACCUAGAAGAGCAGCAUCAUCUUAUCUCUAUGCUGACAAAGAAAGCAGAUGACACACACAAACGCUGCAGGGCCCUGGAGCAGCUCAACAUGGAGCUGGAGAAAUUAAGGACAGAGGAUGCUCUGAAAAUUAAAAACCAGACCCUGCGGAUUCAGCAUUUGGAGGGGCGCUUCAUGGAUCUGGCCAACAACCAUGAGAAGAUGAUCCAGUUCAAGAAUGAGCACAGGAAACGGCACAUGCAGCUGUGGGAAGAGAACAAGCGCCUACGGCAGGAGAAGGAAGCGCUCUUCAGCCAGGCUGUGAGGGAGAAGGAAGCUGAAGUUCUCCGGCUGGCUGCCCAGGCCAGGAAGCUCUCACAGCAGUUAUACUCCCUGCAGGAGAAACAUGCUUAUGAGAGUUGCAGAGCCCAGGAGAGAGAAAAGGAGCUGCUAGAAGCUCAGAGCCACCAAGCAGGCGCCUACACCCGGGAAGUGGAUUCACUGAAAAAGCAGCUGCAACUGCUACAGGAGAGGCAUCAACAAGCUGUUGUAAGGGCAGAGCAGGCAGAAAGUCAGCAGAAGGCUCAGAGCACUGAACUGCGGGCUGAGCUGGAGAGGGCACACAAGGAGAAAGAGCAGCUAUUGAACCUGGCCACGGAGAGGGGCAAAGCUCUGCAAGAUAAGGAACGGGAGAUUCAGCACCUGGGGGAGAAGCUGGAGAUUGCGGAAGAAGCCAUGCAGAGAGCACGAAGGUGCUCUGAGAAAGGGGCAGCAGCAGUGGACAAAGAUCUGAAGGUCCAAGAGCUCCAAGGACAGCUGGAAAGCAGCAAGCAGGCAUACAACGAGCUCUGUCUGCGGUUCGAUGCUUACAGAAAGCACAGUAUGGAUUUGCUGACUAAAGAAAGAGCACUGAAUGUCAAACUCCGUCACUUUGUUGCAUAACUGCGUUGUUUUCCUCUCUUCUCCUCUUAGCAGGUGCCUCUAUGGUAACACACCACUGCA